GCCUUUUACACCCUGUCAAGUGCAAUGAUCAUCCAGUACAGAGUUUUCAGGAUUUCACUAAAUUCUUGUCUUGUAAUUGAAAUUUCAUGUGGAUCAUUAUUGCUUAGCAGGAGCCAGAAGUCCUCUGAGGCCAGUAGGGUUCAUUUUGGCUCUGUGUGUGUGUGUGUGUGUGUGUGUGUGUGUGAUGUGAUGUUAAAGAACUGAACCAUCCUUUAAGCAUUUAGCCUACUUUAGUCUUACUUGGAUGUAUCAGGUGUCCCAGAAUCACCAUAACAAAACACAUCCUUGUAGUUUAUUGAGAGUUUCUGGCAGUGAGAGAACAGCCUGAGAGGACGUGAAUGAAAGGCCUCUCUGUUAAAGCAUAAAGCAAAAGAGCAUUAUGACUGACAGGAAAGCAGUGAUCAAGAAUGCUGACAUGUCUGAGGACAUGCAGCAAGAUGCAGUUGACUGUGCAACACAGGCCAUGGAGAAGUACAACAUUGAGAAGGACAUUGCCGCGUAUAUCAAAAAGGAAUUUGACAAGAAGUACAACCCAACAUGGCACUGCAUUGUGGGACGAAACUUUGGCAGCUACGUCACCCACGAGACAAAGCACUUCAUCUACUUCUACCUGGGCCAGGUUGCCAUCCUCCUGUUCAAGUCUGGCUGAAGUCAGCGAGAGAAGAAUGUUCUUUUCCAACAUGGACCAAGAUGCACUAGUGGCCAAUGUCCUGUCUAACCACAUGCUACAAAUAUUAAACAAGGCCAUACCAUGACUAUGCUGACUGUGCGUAACUGCAUGGGUCGUAUAUCAUACUAAUUGUGCACAUGUUGCGGUUAAGUUGCUUUUCAGUAGGUGUCCCAUGUUCACCGGGGGAGUUUUGUUUCUGAUCCUGACAAGUUUGUUUGAGCAUAGGAGCUGUGAAGGCAGGAGUUAAAUUUCAUUAAAUAAUAAAGCAAUGGCAGAUUAAACAUGACUGUAUUUGUAUUAUUUUUCCCUUGAUGUUUUGUUUAAGUAUUCAUGGCUGCCAUGUAGUUUUAAUGAGCACAGUGUGUAUGAGAUGGAGAAUAAUGGAAAUAAGUAAUGCGUAGGUUAACCUAAGCUUAGAUGAUAGUUUUUGUUAGUUGAUUAUUUCAUGUCACUGGUUUGGAAACGGUGCUUGGAUGCUAGGAAACAGAUGUUACAGACGCACAAAUUAUACUCUGUCUGUCUGUAUUUCCUUUUGUUUGAAGUGUAAUACGAUGUUACAAAUACAUUAUGUUUAUUGGGGAAUAAUUAUGAUAUAUUAAACAAACUGCUUUAACAGCUA